UCGUGGGUUGGGGAGUGGACGGCGUUGCUCUACUUGCUGGGGGCUCACGACUCAGACGAGGACCUCAUCGGUGCUAGCGCGCUUCACGUGGUCCGCAAGUUGCUGCUUGGUGGGCGGGCAUCACUCGAGGAGCGUCGGGAGUUGGGGAGAGAUGCCCCCAUCCUUCGCCAACUCUUGGACGCGUACGGAGGGCUCACGUUCCCCACCUUCUUCAUGCGCACGCUGCAUCAGCUGUAUCUGCUGGCGCUUCUAGCUCGAGGGGCGACGGGGUUCGAGGCCGAGGGGCGGCUUGGAUGGGUUCACAAGGCCAUCUAUCCUCUCGACAAGGCGGUUGCUUGGCUCACGGAGGGCCGGGUGCGACUUCUGUCGAUCGAGGAGAGUCGGCAGUUGGACGAAGCUCGAACUUUGGCAAACGAGCUGCUCUCGGGGGUCGAGCGAUUGGAGCCGAGCCCUGAGCAAUGGGGGCGAAUGAGCGACCAUGAGCGGGCGCUUCUGAGAGAGAGGCUAGGACGGGAUGAAGAGGGGGCCGAGCUACGCCCGCUGCCAGCGGGGCACGCUUUCAGAGCCGAGCAGGACGCGUUGGCUUGCUAUAGCUUCCCCGGUUGGGAGCAUCGGCGAGGCUUGCCUCAUUAUAGCACCUUCGAGCAUCCGGACGGCCGCAGUCGGAGUUCGGAGGGAUUCAAAUGCGCCACGGGGAAGACCGUGACCGAAUGGGACGCGGAGCACGUGGCUGGAUUGGUGAAGGGGACCGGAAAGCUCUCAGGAAAGAAGGGGAGUGCUAGCAAGCGGCCGGACAGGAGUAGGGGGGUGUUUGUCUUUUGUUGUCCGCAUCGCGUCAUCUACGGGUUCCACACGAUGCUGCGAGGAGAGAGCCCAAGGGACGCGUUCACGGUGCUCUACACGAGGUUGAGGCGCGAGGAUUUGCCUAAAACUCUCGUGUACGACAACGCGUGCGCGCUCCGCAAUUACUGCUUGAGGAGGGCGCCCGCGCACUUUGCCAACGUGCGCUUUGUGGUUGACAGGUUCCACUUUUCGAAGGCGGGACAAGAGGUGCACAAGUGCGGUCCAUCAAACUGCGCGAACAACUAUGACGCACUCCACUGGGUCAACACAUCCGCCGUCGAGUCGGUCAACUCCUUCUUGAAGGGGUUCCGGUCUUUGGGCUGGUACUCAGGACUCGAGAGCUUCAUGGUGGUUCUUCCCCUGUUGCUCGGAGGCUACAAUCAGACGCUCAAGAGAGUGGAUGACGGAAAGCUAGCGAUAGCGAUUGCAGCAGGCGUGUGGUCGGUCGGGGUGCGCGCUCGACUGUUGCAAGGAUAG